GCAGAGCAGGGGGUAUUCAUUCCAUUUUGCAGAUGAGAAAUUGACUUGCCCAGAGUAACACAGCUAGGAUAACUAACGGCCAGGAGAAACAGAGUGGAAAAUGCAAAACAACGAAAUUAUAAAACCUGCCAAAUACUUCUCAGAAUUGGAAAAGAGCAUCUUGCUUGCUUUAGUCGAGAAGUACAAGUAUGUGCUGGAAUGUAAGAAGAGCGAUGCGCGGACUAUUGCCCUCAAGCAGCGCACCUGGCAGGCGCUCGCCCACGAGUACAACUCUCAGCCGAGCGUGUCGCUGCGGGACUUCAAACAGCUGAAGAAGUGCUGGGAGAACAUCAAGGCCCGGACCAAAAAAAUUAUGGCCCAUGAGAGGAGAGAGAAAGUGAAACGGAGUGUCAGCCCGCUUCUGAGCACCCACGUGCUGGGGAAGGAGAAGCUCGCCGGCAUGCUGCCCGAGCAGCUCUACUUCCUGCAGAGCCCUCCCGAGGAGGAGCCCGAGUACCACCCUGAGGCCGCAGCCCAAGAAUCAUUUGCUGUUUCAAAUAGAGAACUGUGCGAUGAUGAGAAAGAGUUCAUACAUUUUCCAGUAUGUGAGGGGACCUCUCAACCUGAACCCUCGUGUUCAGCUGUCAGAAUAACAGCCAAUAAAAACUACAGGAGCAAAACCUCUCAGGAAGGUGCUUUAAAAAAGAUGCGUGAGGAAGAACACCAUGAACAAAUGUCCGUCUUACAGCUGCAGCUGAUACAGAUGAAUGAGGUGCAUGUGGCCAAAAUCCAGCAGAUAGAGCGCGAGUGUGAGAUGGCAGAGGAGGAACACAGGAUAAAAAUGGAAGUUCUCAAUAAAAAGAAGAUGUAUUGGGAAAGAAAACUACAAACUUUUACCAAGGAGUGGCCUGUUUCCUCAUUUAACCGGCCCUUUCCCAAUUCACCCUAAGACGGUGAGGGUGGCUCGCUUGUGGUUGAUUUGUGUUGGCCAAGAAAGUCUGGACCGUGAACUUGUGGUGGGUAACCGGUAACAGCUUCAACUAGGAAACUUAGAGUGGUAGCAGUCACUUGUUUAAGAAUACGUUCAGGCAAACAGCAGCACCCUCUGUACUACCCCUUACGUGGCAAAGAAGCUAUUAUAGUCUUCUGAAAAUUAUCACUAUGUGUGCUAUCAUUCUGAAUGUAACGUCUUCUAAUUAGAAUUCAUACAAGAA